GUUAAAUAGGUUGCAAUGCAAUUAUGCAGGCGCACCAUAAGUACUUUAUUUGCAGACGAGUGUAUUGUUGCUUUUCUUACAUACUUGUGUUACUAUUAAAACUUAAUAAAUAGUGCCAAUAACAAUCGGGCGUGCAGUGGAAAUGCUAGCCCUUAUAUUUUUAACCUUUACGUUUGUUUCGGGGGAGUACAUAUUCACAUUCCCCCGGGUCUUGGAAGCAGCAUCCAAAACCAGUUUCUGUUUAAUCCUCCAUGACCUUGACCUCGAUAGCUUUGAACUACAGCAAGAUUAUACUGUGAAUGUCAAUCUAACGUAUUUGCCGAGUGAUGAUACUACAGGUUAUAUGCCUGACAAUUAUGAUUUUAAGUUUGGUGCUGUCAACAUGGAUAGGACUUUUAAAAAAUGUCAUGAAGUAGAGACACCUUUUGUUGUUGAGGGGAACUUUUCUGUUGUCGUCAACGCGAGUCUGACGUACACUGAAGAUGGAUCAACGGAGGUCAACAAAUUGAUAUUUGGUGCGGAAAAGAUGGUAACAGUUAAACGACCAGACCUGAUAACUCUUGUACAGACGGACAAACCUAUCUACAAGCCAGGGCAGACGGUCAAAUUUCGUGUGAUGACGAUGGAUUACAAAUUAAUGUCCAGAAUCGAUGGUUAUCAGCAGAUAACGAUAGAGACACCCAACGGGUUAAAAGUUAUGCAAUGGGAUGAUAUACCUUCUCCUACAGGGUUGGUUAGUCUUGAAAUGCCUCUGAGUUCUGACCCUGUACUUGGAUCAUGGAUGAUAAAAGUUCUAUACGGAUCAAAGGAAAUAAGACAAUCGUUUAAAGUUGACGAGUACGUUUUACCGAAAUUUGAAAUUACAAUAACGCCACCAAAAUACUUACUACCAAUGACAAAGGAUAUCAGAGGAACUGUUUGUGCAAAAUAUACAUAUGGGAAACCAGUAAAAGGUGAUUUGAUAAUUGAAGUGUGUUACAAAAGUUCAUACAAGAGAAAUGUUAUAGGGUCGUGCGCCUAUCUUAUUAGAAAGAUUAAUGGUUGUUACGAGUUUUUUAUUCCUGCUAAAAGUAUAAAACUUGGAUACAAGGAAUAUGAGUUAUGGGGGUUGUUGACGAUAACAGUCAAUAUCACCGAAGAGCAAACUGGUAUUAAGUUGUCGAGCUACUCAGAAAGCCCUGGUAUGUCAAAUAUACCUGUUACUCUCAAAAUAGAGGAUGACUCAAACUAUUAUUUCAAACCAGGCUUCCCUUACAACGGUCGUGUUGUGGUGACGAAUCCUGACGGGAGUCCGGCAGCAGGUGAAGAUAUCCUAGUGGAAGCUUACGAAUCUGAAGUUAAUGGAAGGUGGUAUAAAAACUUUACAACAGACGACACCGGUAUUAUUCAUUUCACUAUAACUGGAAUAAGCAGCAAUAUAGUAGUACUCUUUGUGCAGGCUAACUUGAUAGAAAAUGAAACUGAUUGGCGAUAUAAAUCUGACGGGUUACAUCAUUCUACAUACAGAGGACAAGCAAUUAUUAUGCUGACAAAAGUGUUCUCUCCGUCAAAAAGUUAUGUAUACGUACAGAAGGUCGAUACCAUCGCUGAUUGUGACUCCGAGCUAAAUCUUGAUGUUUACUACACGGCUGAAACCGGUGUCGACUAUAUAUUUACAACAAUUGUAAAGGCUGGUGACAGGAUCAUAUAUGCAGAAGUUAAAGAUAUAAAAGCCGCCGACAAUAUUUACAACACGGACAUUCUCGGUUUUGAUCAGAAUUUGGUCAUACAGAAGCAAGAGAGAAAACCUACUACGGGGCAACCGGCGACACGACGGUUACAAGAGGAUUGUACGAACAAACCAAUAGUGAAAGAAAGUAUUGAACCGGAAAUUGGAUCAAAUACCAGAGAAGAUAGGGAAAGAAGAGAUACUGGGGAAAAAUUGGUAGGAUAUUUCAAACUUUCGAUCCCUGUGACCAAAGACAUGAGUCCUAAUGCAAAGAUACUCGUAUUUUAUAUGAGAGAUAUGAACAAAGAGAUCGUGGCAUCAACAAUCGAAUUUAAAGUAAAAAGUUGCUUCAAUAAUAAGGUGACAAUUUCAUUUGAUGAGGUGAAAGUUAAACCAGGCGCUAAUGUAAACUUGAACGUUGGUGCGAGCCCAAGUUCAACAUGCUUUGUCGGGAUGCUCGAUAAGAGUGUGACCCUUCUGGGAGGAAAUAAUCAGCUCACACCGGGCCAGCUAUUUGAGAAGGUCAAGAAAGUGUCACGUCGCAAGCAUCACGUCAGUUACUGGAAGGAAGACAAAGCUUAUUGCGACAAGAAAACUGAUGCAAAAGAGCCAGAGUUACACUACACCUAUGCAGUGCCUUUAGUCGUCGGUGCAGAACAGUCUUUUAGGGAUGUGAAUUUAUGGGUUGAGACAGAUGGUAAUCUACAAAGUCGACCGUGUUCAAGAAGGCAUUAUAUACGAACUCCAGUAAAUGAUGGUGAGAUAGAGGAAAAGAUGCGUAGAAUGUUUGAAUGGUCCCCUGGUGGGGUACUGAGGGACGAUAGAAUAGACACUGCCUCUGAAGUUUCAGACGCAGACACCGUCAGUACCGAAUCUGAAACUAUAGAAAGUAUAGACGUAAGAACAUACUUCCCGGAAACUUGGCUGUGGGACAUUAUCAGUAUCGGAGAAGAUGGGGUGUUGAACAUUACCACUACAAUACCCGACACUAUAACAGAAUGGAUUGGUAACACCGUAUGUACACACGAAAGUGACGGUGUGGGUGUUACGGAGAUGACUGGCGUUACUGCAUUCAAACCUUUCUUUGUGUCACUUACGUUACCUUAUUCUGCUAUCAGAGGAGAGAUGUUACCUAUAGUUGUGACUGUAUUCAACUAUCUCUCUGAUUGUAUUACUCUUGAAGUACUUUUUAAAGAAACAGAAGGUUUCCUGUUUUCUGAGUCUAGCGCCAGGUCUAGACAAUUUUGUUUAUGCGGUGGAAACAGCGAGUCAACCAAAUUCUUCAUUAUACCAACAGUCAUUGGCGAAAUUGUUCUAGAAAUUAUCGCUGUGUCAAUUGAUGCUGUUAGUUUAUGUAGAGACGUUGUUCUUGGUGAAAUAGAAAUAGGCGUUACUGAUGGUGUACAAAGACAACUUCUCAUAGAGCCAGAAGGCGCACCACAAGAGCAAACAAAGAGUUAUUUCUUAUGUGUUCAAGAAUCAGAGAUUAAAACUGAAGUGGUUGAACUAAAUCUUCCAGAAGACGUGGUAGACAGCUCGGAACGUGCCACCGUCUCCGUCGUUGGCGAUGUUAUGGGUCCGACGCUUACAAAUUUGAAAAACCUACUACGAAUGCCGUAUGGUUGUGGAGAACAGAAUAUGGCAUCAUGGUCACCGAACAUAUAUGUUUUACGAUACUUGGAAAAUACUGAGCAACUCACGGAAGAGCUUGAGAAUCAGGCGGAGGGAUACAUGAGAAUUGGAUAUCAACGACAGAUGAAAUACCGACAUAACGAUAAUUCGUACAGUGCAUGGGGAGAAAAUCGUUAUGGAAACGCUACCGGAAGUCUGUGGUUGACGGCAUUUGUCGUAAAAUCUAUGGCGCAGUCGUCUGCUUAUAUUGUAGUAGACAAAGACGAUAUACUAAGAAGUGCACGCUGGUUAGUAAGCCAUCAACUUGAUAAUGGCUGCUUUCCUCAGGUUGGAAAAGUUUUCAGUUCCUACCUUAAAGGUGGACUUGGUGGACACAAUCCAGCAGGACUUACGGCGUUCACUCUUAUAGCACUUGUUCAAGCUGACCUUGGUAUAGAGUUUGAGUAUAAUAUAAACAACGGAUUUCAUUCCUGUUUGGACUCAUUCCAUCCAAAUGACAUCGACACGUAUACUUUAUCCUUGAUGUUAUAUGCAUACACAUUAAUUGAUCUUGAAGGUCCAAGACGACGGAAUGUACUAGAUGAGUUAAACAGACGGCGUAUUAAUAAAGAGGGGCUUGUACAUUGGCAGAGAGGGGAUAAAGAGGUAGCGGAAACAAACGACAAAUUUUACUGGUACCGAGCACCUUCAGCGGAAGUUGAAAUGACGUCAUACAUCCUUUUAUCUAUGUUGGCUCAGGGUCAUGACGUCAUUGGAGAUGCACAAGCGAUUGUUCAAUGGCUAUCUCAACAGAGAAAUCCUUACGGUGGCUUUUCAUCUACUCAGGUUUGAAUUCAUACGAUUGAA